GGAAUUUGAAAGCUCUGAUUAGGAGUGACCCAAAAGGGGCCAAAAAAUCAAAAUUUAAAGGUUUGAUUUGUGUUCUUUUUUAUCUGAAUCGGAGUUGUGAUUAAUCACCGGCCGGCACAGAGAGAGAGAGAGAGAGAGAGAGAGAGAGAGAGAAGAGAGAAAUGGUGAAAGAAAGAGGCGAAGAGUUAAGCGAAGAAGAAAAGAGAGCUUUAAGAGGCAGCAAAUUCGCACCUCUCCCAUCGUUGCCUCCUCGUUCCCAACCCCAACCCAGGUUGGCUCAUCCUGGUGGUCCAUUGACGACGAAUAAAGCAGCGGCCUUGGCGAAAUUUCUAGAAAGAAAACUGCAGGAUCCCAAUGGAUUGGACAACAUCAACCCGCAUCUUGUGGAACGAGCUGUCCAGAACGCCAAACGCACCGUUUUCGCCAGUGGGGUAUCUAAUUCUGGGAUAACCAUACGACAUGUUGACUCCUUUGGUGAUUCUGAUUUUGAGGACUCUCUGCAACAAGAAGAAAAUGUGGAAAAUUCUAAGCCCAAGAAGCUGAAGAAAAAAAUUAAGAAGAAAAAGAGACGAAAGAUAAUGGAGGACUCUGGUUGUGCUGUGGUAAAAAAGCCCAAGAAGAAGAAGUUAGGAUUGUGAUUACAUGAGAUUAUGGGUUUAUUUAGGUUCCUGGAAUUAGACACAGGCUUCAAAUUCAAGGCUAGUUGGAAGAUUUGAGUUGUACAAUUUUGUACCAAAUGUUGAGGGUCAGUGCAAAGCCAUACAAAGAACGUUUGGAUUUGUUGUUCUUCAUUGCAUUGAUUGUUUGUUAUUGUCAGAUUGAACAAUUUCAGCUUUGUACACUUUGAAUUCGGGAAUAUGAGGGGGAUCCAUUUUUCUGAUUCAUGCAUGGAUUUUCCUUUCUUUUUUCUUCUCCUUUUAAAUGAUAAUGUUCUUGUGAUGUGUGUGCUUGUAGAA